CACAUGCGCAGAUGAGAUGGUGUUUUCCGGUAGUGACAAUGGUCAUCAAACAAACGUGAAAGGCUUGUUCGCUGCCUGCAUGUGUCGGCACUAGGAAGACUUUGUAAAAUGAGACUUAAAUUGGGAUUUAUCUUGCGGAGUUUGCUUGUCAUUGGGACCUGUUUUGUCGUGGUGCUCUUGUGGUCUUCUCUGAAUACCAAUCUAAACAACGAGGACCGCCUUAAAACACAGGAUGAUGGUUCGCUGAACAAAGGAGCCCAACAUCAAUUUAAACCAGUUUUGCCCUGGCCUCAUGUAGAAGGUGUGGAAGUGGACCUCAACUCCAUCAGACAGAAACUUGGAGAGGGCAACCACAGCUCCAAUCAGCAGGCUAACCAGAAGCAGGUGAUCCAGCAGCAGUAUGCAACCUUCCGGCCAGACUUGCACAAUUACAAUGCCCCAAUCCUCAAAAAAGAUGUCUUGGGAAACUUUGAACCCAAAACACCUGAACCACCAGGGGUCCCUGACGGUCCAGGAGAAGGAGCCCAGGCCAUUGUCCUUGGUUCAGAAUACAAAGAGGUCAUCCAGGCAUCCAUCAAAGAGUUUGGCUUCAACAUGGUUGCCAGUGACAUGAUAUCACUGGACAGGACCGUCAAAGAUCUGCGCCACAAAGAGUGCAAGUACUGGGAUUAUGAUGACCGACUGCUGACAUCCAGUGUGGUGAUUGUCUUUCAUAAUGAAGGAUGGUCGACUUUAAUGAGAACCAUCCACAGUGUCAUCAAGAGAACUCCCAGGAAAUACUUGGCUGAGAUUGUCAUGAUUGACGACUUUAGCAACAAAGUCGAUUUGAAGGAACGUUUGGAGGUGUACAUCAAGCAGUGGAACGGUCUUGUCAAGCUCUACAGAAAUGAGAAGAGAGAGGGUCUUAUCCAGGCACGAAGUAUCGGCGCCAAAAAGGCCACUAAGGGACAGGUGCUAAUUUACCUGGAUGCUCAUUGUGAGGUUGGAAUCAACUGGUAUCCUCCGCUGGUUGCUCCUAUUUCAUUAGACAGGACUGUAUGUACAGUACCUCUCAUAGACUAUAUAGAUGGUAAUGAGUAUAGUAUGGAGCCCCAACACGGUGGCGAUGAAGACGGCCUAGCUAGAGGAGCAUGGGACUGGAGUCUGCUCUGGAAGAGAAUACCACUAAGCCAGAGAGAGAGGGCGGAAAGACAACACACCACUGAACCCUAUAGAACGGUGUGUACUGUCCCACUGAUUGACUCCAUCCAUGGUGAGAAGUACACCAUUGAACCUCAGGGUGGAGGAGAUGAAGACGGCUUUGCUAGAGGAGCCUGGGAUUGGAGCAUGCUGUGGAAAAGAGUUCCUCUGAACGACAAAGAAAAAAGCCGAAGAAAAACUCGUACUGAGCCAUAUAGGUCUCCCGCAAUGGCAGGGGGUCUCUUUGCAAUAGAGCGAGACUUCUUCUUUGAGCUUGGCCUGUAUGAUCCUGGACUGCAGAUAUGGGGAGGAGAAAAUUUUGAAAUCUCAUUUAAGAUUUGGCAGUGUGGUGGCAAACUGCUCUUUGUUCCGUGCUCUCGUGUUGGUCACAUAUACAGACUUCACGGCUGGCAAGGAAACCCCCCACCUGCACAUGUUGGUUCCUCACCUACGCUGAAGAAUUAUGUUCGUGUGGUGGAGGUAUGGUGGGAUGAAUACAGGGACUACUUCUACGCCAGCCGCCCUGAAACACUCACCCUAGCCUAUGGAGACAUCAGCCAGCUGAAACGCUUCAGGGAAGAACAUCGAUGCAAGAGCUUCAAAUGGUUCAUGGAGGAAAUAGCUUACGACAUCCCACAACACUAUCCCAUGCCUCCGAAAAAUGUGGAAUGGGGAGAGAUUCGAGGCUUUGAGUCAAGCUACUGUAUUGACAGUAUGGGACGCACAAAUGGAGGCAAUGUGGAAACAGGACCAUGUCACAGAAUGGGUGGCAAUCAGUUGUUUCGUCUCAACGAGGCCAACCAACUGAUGCAGUAUGACCAGUGUCUGACCCAAGGAAGUGACAACUCGGCUGUCAUCAUCACACAUUGUGACCAGAAGCAGUUCUGUGAGUGGAAGUACUUCAAGGAUCUCCAUCGCUUCAUGCACAUACCUACAGGCAAAUGUUUGGACCGCUCAGACCUCCUUCACAAAGUGUUCAUAUCUGUCUGUGACAACAGUAAAACCACUCAAAGGUGGGAAAUGAACAACAUAGUUGCUGUAUGAAGACUGGUGAGCGUUCUCGUCCUACUUGAAAUAUUUGGCUGGUGUAACUCAUCAAAUUCACGUGAACGAACGAGAAUUUUUUUUUUUUACUUUUGGGACCGGCAGCGUUAAUGGAAAAUGGCUACAAGCUGGUCAAAGUGCAUAGAGAAAUAAUGAGAUUAUGUGGAUAGGCGUAAAGCUAACAGUGUAAGGAAACGAUAAUAGUUCAUAAGAUUAAAAUUAGCCUUGAAUUUGAUGCAAUAUUUGGACAUGAAAAAGGAAGUUUGGGGUUUUGCUUACUGAUUACCGUAUUUUUCGGAGUAUAAGUCGCACCUGCCGAAAAUGCAUAAUAAAGAAGGAAAAAACAUAUAAGUUGCACUGGAGCCCGGCCAAACUAUGAAAAAAAAACUGCGACUUAUAGUCCGAAAAAUACGGUAAGUGUAAUAUUGAUCAAACUGUGGUAUCCCAAUGUUAGUAAUCCAGAAGGUCCGAUAAAAACCGAACCGACUGAAAAUUGAAGAGAAAUAAUCCAAAAAUAUUAGUAGUAGAACAACAUUUUAAAGAGUAGUUAUAGUUUGACACACAGAAAACGAUGCAAAAAUGCAUAAAUGAUCAAUUAAAUUAUUCACGUUUACAUUUAUUAAAGACUCUUGCAAAGCCAGCAAUGGCCAGAGAGGAAGCGAGAGCCACCUUUAUACUUCUUUCUUGAACUCACUGGUGGUUCUCACCUUCUCUAUCAAAGUGGUGACACUCACAACUUUCUUUGGCCCAUGGUGGCUUGUUUUUACAGUAAGUAGGAUUCCUUGUUUGAGCACUUAGUUCUGCAGAAUGACAAACGGGUAAAUGGUUUGCUGCGUGCACGGUUUGGCGAGACGAUAACCGAGAUAGUAUACGUGCAAAACUUCUGUAGGAUAUCCUACGAACACCGAGUUAUCACUGAAUAUGAUACAUAAUGAUAUUCUCAGCUUUAAAGUGGUAGCUGAUGUGGGGGUAGCGUGAGAGAUGGCACAUAUAUUCAAUACUAAUUUCGUGGCGCCAUGGUUUUCAAAUGACGUCACAAGUUUACGAAUUAAAAGAUUACUAGUUUUGAUAAAGUACACUUGAAAUGCUGUUUGGAGGUACCAGAGUAUCUUCUUUAAAUAUGCUCAAAAUAAUAGAAACAUUGUACAUAAUUUAUAUUUUCUCCUCCAGUGGGCAAAUAGGGUCCAAAAGGAUAGGAUAUAUUUUUUACUCCACACUGUAUGCAUGCAGACUGUUUUGUAAUGCGGAAAAUGCGUCUUAUGUUCGGGUCAAAAGAGUAAGUCAAUGCAACAAGACUUGGUGUAUAGUUUUGAGAGGUUUUUUUGUUGUUUGUGUGGCGAAUGCCAAAAAAUUAGUCAUCCGAUUUUCAGUGAUAGUCCUCCACUAUACUGUAUGUAAACAAUGGUGACAUCAAAUACAAAGUAGUUAUAUACAAAAUGUUGCGUGUAAUGCUAAAGAAUUGACUUUCUAACUUUCAUAACAAACAUCAGCACUCCAUCGUACCAAUGAAUGUAAAAACAGUCAUUUUAAUACAAUAUUAUUCAUAUAUGAUACAAUAUUAUAAUUUAAUGUAUUUGACCAUUUUGUGCAUACUGUAUGUGCAAAUGACAAAGGGUACAUAUUUUAAGGGGGCUGGCAAAUGAUACUACAGAAUAAAUACACAACUUGAUUUGCAGAAAUCAAUAAAGGAGAACAAUUGCUUGUGUGCGGGUGUUUUGAGUGUUAGUUAUUUUGGGGUGUAGGAUAAUGACUUUCUAACAAUAUUGCAAAUGCAUUGUAUUUAAAAUCCUUGAAUUGUAUUGUAAAUAUCUAAUUUAUAACAGCAAAUGAAAUUAAAGACUUGUACCUGGUUUGUUUGGGUUUUUUGGGGUUUUUUUUCCCAACCUGUCCUGUCCAACUAGUAGUGUUGCUCCAAAAAAUAGUCCUUAUGUGCUACAGUGUGGGCAAUAACAAUAGUACACAGCACUUCUAUGCAGCAGUCAUGUUUGCUGCAA